GCAGCUUGUUGACUGUCGAUUCCACUACAUCUCCGCUCCUUUCUCUCCCCGGUGUUUUUGCGAGCGAUUCCCAAGAUGCCUGCCUCGUUGCGGACCUUCACCCCGCUUCUGCGGGCGGCGCGCCUCUCUCUCCGACAGUCCCAGAGCCCUCUGGUCUCGCUGCAGCGCGAAUCCAGGACACCGGUGCUCAACUUUGCCCGCGCCUACGCCGUCUACGAGCGCACCAAGCCUCACGUCAACAUCGGCACAAUUGGCCACGUCGAUCACGGAAAGACGACCCUGUCCGCCGCUAUCACCAAGAGGCAAGCCGAGAAGGGCCUGGCGAACUACCUCGACUAUGGCUCAAUCGACAAGGCUCCCGAGGAGCGGAAGCGUGGUAUCACCAUCUCGACCUCCCACAUCGAGUACUCGACCGAGAAGAGGCACUACUCGCACGUCGACUGCCCGGGUCACGCUGAUUACAUCAAGAACAUGAUCACCGGUGCCGCCUCCAUGGACGGCGCCAUCAUUGUCGUCGCCGCCUCGGACGGUCAGAUGCCGCAGACCCGUGAACACUUGCUGCUCGCCCGCCAGGUCGGUGUCCAGAAGAUCGUUGUCUUCGUCAACAAGGUCGACGCUAUCGAGGACGCCGAGAUGCUGGAGCUUGUCGAGAUGGAGAUGCGCGAGCUUCUCAAUUCCUACGGCUUCGACGGCGAGAACACCCCCGUCGUUCUCGGCUCCGCCCUCUGCGCCCUCGAGGGCAAGCGCCCUGAAAUUGGCGAGCAGAAGAUCGACGAGCUCAUGAACGCCGUCGACGAGUGGAUCCCCACCCCCGAGCGUGACACCGAAAAGCCCUUCCUUCUCUCCAUCGAGGAUGUCUUCUCCAUUGGUGGGCGUGGUACCGUCGUCUCGGGCCGUGUGGAGCGUGGUGUCCUGAAGAGGGAUGCUGAUGUCGAGAUCAUCGGCAAGGGCACCGAGGUCAUCAAGACCAAGGUCACCGACAUUGAGACCUUUAAGAAGUCUUGCGACGAGUCGCGUGCUGGUGACAACUCCGGCCUCCUCCUCCGUGGCGUCCGCCGCGAGGACAUCAAGCGCGGCAUGGUUGUCGCCGCGCCCGGCACCGUCACUGCUCACAAGAAGUUCCUUCUCUCGCUCUACGCGCUCACCAAGGAGGAAGGCGGUCGCCAUACCGGCUUCCACCAGAACUAUCGCCCCCAGAUGUUCAUCCGCUCCGCCGAUGAGGCUUGCACCCUCACCUUCCCUGAGGGCACCGAGGAUCCCGAUUCAAAGAUGGUCAUGCCCGGUGACAAUGUCGAGAUGGUGGCCGAGAUCCACAAGCCCAUCGCUCUCGAGGCCGGUAUGCGCGUCACCAUCCGCGAGGGUGGCCGCACCGUUGCCACUGGUCUCAUCACCCGCAUUAUCGAGUAAAGCCUUCGACCGGCCUGCUACGGUAACGGCAGUCAAUGUACGAUUGUGAUGUCGCUGGGGGGGGAGUGAAAAUUGCACAAGGAUGGAUAGGCAUUUACAGGCGAGUACGAUAACCUACCGGGUUCUGGGUUCAUUGUUCCAUGGGGCUGUGGGCGGGCUUGCGCUUGCGGGGUCAAGAACUCGCUACUGUACAAAAACCUAGUUAUGAUGUAUUUUUAUUUUUUGAGGCGCCAAUCCUGGGAGCCGCCCGCGUGGGUUGACUUCAGUGGGGGCUCGCUGAUCUCCCCUCCCCUUCUAGCGUUGUCUUAUUCUUGUAAGUAUAGAGAUCUAUAAGGCAAUAAUGAAGGUCGAUGAUGAUAAAA